GUCACGUGGGGCAGCCGUAGUAAUUAACUCCAAUUGUUUCCAUCUCCCUCAUUCUUUCACCCGACCGUCAACUGCUCUGUACAUGGCAGAAAAAGAUGCUACCGUACGCCUCCGUAGAGCGGUCAAAGAGAACAAUCUCUUCCUCGUCAAGAGACUCAUUCAACGAACUGACAUGCGAAAUCCUGACCCCGGUCCAAAGCGCUAUACAUCAUUAGCUUGGGCCGCUGUCUUGGGACAUGAGGAGACGUUCGAGUUUUUACUUACAGCUGGGCAUGACGAUGAAGAACUCAGCAGGGAAUCCGAGAACAACACCAUUCUCAUGCUAUUGGCCGAUUUCAAGUCUCCACCACCUAACCCUUACGCGCCAGGUCCCUCGCAGGUUGAUCUCAUGGGUGCUGCGCUUCGCAUGGCAAGACUUUACUACGAACGUUACCCAUGGAUUCUUGAUUGGUCCAACGUACAAGGGAAAACGGCACUGCACAUGGCCGCUCUCAAAGGGAACGAGGAACUCGUUCGCAUGCUGUGUGAUUUGGGUGCCGACUUCGAUCUGUCGGAUAAUAAAGGCAACACUCCUCUACAUUAUGCAAGUUCUUGGGGUCAUAUACCGAUUGUUCAGCUUUUAAUUGAACGAGGUUGUCAAUUUGCUGCUCGAAACAAUGACGGGUUUACUGCGUCCGAUUACGCAUAUUCUUUCAGCACACGGGACACUUUGCAGGACUCUGCUCGUAUGCAAUUUGAAACUAAUAAGAAAUCUAGACGCAUGGUGUUUGCACAAGCCGCUGCUCGAGGCAACGAAUGGCCCAUUGCCAGACCGCCGCCUAUCCCAUUAAAGCCACCCAGCGUCGGAAGGAACGCGUCUCGAAUGCGAAGCAGCUCAGGUGGAAGUCGCACCACCACGACGUCUGACAGCGGCGAUGUAGACAGUGCUGGGCAAGGGCAAGGAACCAGCCUUUCAUCUCUCUCAGCGUCUUCGACAACGUCACAGCCAUCGAGGUUACCCUCAUGUCAAUAUACCCAUACUCAUUCGCAGCGAUCUGAUAAUAUGUCCUCGGCCAGCAGUACAGGAACUUUCCCCUCCUCCCCGGGGCCUUCGCAGGGGCUUACACUCAAUCCACCUCUUGCGCAACCAAAUUCACUGUCACCCAUCGUGAACCGCAUGCGUGAGCGAGAUGCGGACGAGAUAGAGAAGUACAUGAGGAGAAAUCGUAGCGGAAGUGCGGGAACAGCGUCGACGGACAAUAAAUCUCAGAAUGGAAACAACUUCACUUCAGCUGGUCCUUCGGCAAACGGUGAUGAUAUCACCGCACUGGCUUCCUUAACCAUCACCGGAUCGACGGCACCUCGAAAAUCUCUCAGACCUUCAUUUUCUGCUGCACAGCUCCGCACAACUCCAUCUCCUCUUGCCGCACAAACCCAGAACAGCCAAGCAGACGCUCUGAGAAAUCGGUCCGGAACAAAUCCAUCCAGCGCGCGUCCAGCACAAGCUGCGGUUUCACCAAUUCCCAUUCUCACACGCGCAUCUUCCUCAGAUACCUCUCAACACGAAGAGAAGUUGGAGGGAUCUGAGACAUUUACCGGACCCCCCAUGCUAUAUGCGCAGUUCCCAGAACCACCUAAAAAAGGGGUCCGCAUUGCAUCAUCAGCCACUGCCGCAGCCAUAAGCCGGAGACUACCCAGUAUCUUUUCGUCCAAGUCCUCACCUGCUCAGCCCCCUCCUACUCCCAUACCUGUCAAUGACCCACCCCAAGGUGAUCAUAGCCAUCGGAGAGGCUCUUCAGCAGCUUCUAGUCGCGGAUAGCUGGGAGGAUAGUAUUUUUGUUGUACUAUUUUCAUCUGUACUACAUACACCUGGUUGUAUGUCACACUGUUCAAUUUUCGUAGUGGGAUUAGUUUUCGUCUGGACAUUUUUAUACACCCAGCAUUGUCUGUUUGCACUAGUACUGUAGCACAAUUUAUCUGUAGCGAUUGCACGUCCUCACUCA